GCGGGAGCGGGCGGGGGGCGGCGGGGGCCGGGGGCCGGCGGGACGCUGACCCCGCCCCCUGCUGCUGCCAGUCUGCGCCGGGCGUCGGCAGCGGCGGAGCCCGCAACAUGGCGGCGGCGGCGCUCAGCUUCGGGCCCGAGCGGGAGGCCGAGCCGGCCAAGGAGGCGCGCGUCGUGGGUUCCGAGCUUGUGGACACGUACACGGUUUAUAUCAUACAGGUUACUGAUGGCAACCAUGAGUGGACAAUCAAGCACCGCUAUAGUGACUUCCAUGACCUGCAUGAAAAGCUUGUUGCAGAGAAGAAAAUUGACAGAACUCUCCUUCCACCCAAAAAGAUAAUUGGAAAGAACUCACGAAGCUUGGUAGAGAAGAGGGAGAAGGACCUGGAGGUGUACCUCCAGACCCUCCUGGCCACCUUCCCUGAUGUGGCUCCCAGAGUUCUGGCCCACUUCUUGCAUUUCCACUUCUAUGAAAUAAAUGGCAUCACUGCAGCACUGGCUGAAGAGCUCUUUGAAAAAGGAGAACAGCUUCUAGGAGCCGGUGAGGUCUUUGCCAUCAGGCCCUUGCAGCUCUAUGCUGUCACGGAGCAGCUACAGCAAGGAAAGCCUACUUGUGCCAGCGGUGAUGCCAAGACUGACCUUGGGCACAUCCUAGACUUCACCUGUCGCCUUAGGUACCUUAAGGUUUCUGGCACAGAAGGACCUUUUGGGACCAGCAACAUUCAAGAGCAGCUCCUGCCCUUUGAUCUUUCUAUAUUCAAGUCUCUUCAUCAGGUAGAGAUAAGUCAUUGUGAUGCUAAGCACAUCCGAGGGCUGGUCACCUCCAAGCCAACAUUAGCCACAAUGAGUGUCAGAUUCUCAGCAACCUCAAUGAAGGAAGUCCUUGUUCCUGAAGCCUCAGAAUUUGAUGAGUGGGAGCCUGAAGGCACAGCCCUUGAAGGCCCUGUGACUGCUAUCAUCCCUACAUGGCAAGCAUUGACCACUCUGGACCUGAGCCACAACAGCAUCUCUGAGAUCGACGAAUCUGUGAAACUGAUCCCAAAGAUUGAGUACCUGGACCUGAGUCACAACGGAGUGCUAGUUGUGGACAACCUACAGCACCUGUACAAUCUCGUCCACCUUGACCUGUCCUACAACAAGCUCUCCUCCCUGGAAGGCGUGCACACUAAACUGGGCAAUGUCAAAACCCUAAACCUGGCGGGCAACUUCCUAGAGAGUCUGAGUGGCCUGCACAAACUCUACUCUCUGGUUAAUCUGGACCUCAGAGACAACAGGAUUGAGCAGUUGGAGGAGGUUAAGAGCAUAGGCAGCCUACCAUGUCUAGAGCGUGUGGCCUUACUGAACAACCCUCUGAGCAUCAUCCCUGACUACCGGACCAAGGUGCUCUCCCAGUUUGGCGAACGAGCCUCUGAGAUCUGUCUAGAUGAUGCAGCAACCACAGAGAAGGAGCUAGACACUGUGGAAGUACUGAAAGCCAUUCAGAAAGCCAAGGAUGUCAAGUCCAAACUGAGCAACACAGAAAAGAAGGUUGGUGAGGACACCCGGCUCCCAGCUGCUCCCUGCGUCAGACCCAGCAGCUCCCCUCCCGCUGCAGCUCCCGCCUCAGCCUCCCUGCCUCAGCCUAUCCACUCCAACCAAGGAAUCAUGUUCGUACAGGAGGAGGCCCUGGCCAGCAGCCUCUCAUCCACCGACAGUUUACCCCCUGAGGACCGGCCCAUUGCCCAAGACUGUUCUGACUCCUUGGAAUCUAUCCCCACAGGACAGGUGGCGUCUGAAGACUUAAGGGAUGUGCCAGGAGCUGUUGGUGGUGCAAGCCCAGAACAUGCAGAACCAGAGGUUCAGGUGGUGCCUGGGUCAGGCCAGAUCAUCUUCCUGCCCUUCACUUGCAUCGGCUACACAGCUACCAACCAGGACUUCAUCCAGCGUCUCAGCACACUGAUCCGCCAGGCCAUUGAGCGGCAGCUCCCUGCCUGGAUUGAGGCUGCCAACCAACGAGAGGAAGCCCAGGGUGAACAGGGUGAGGAGGAGGAAGAAGAGGAAGAGGAGGAUGUUGCUGAAAACCGCUACUUCGAAAUGGGACCCCCAGACAUAGAGGAAGAGGAGGGCAGUGGCCAGGGAGAAGAGGAGGAUGAGGAUGAAGAAGAUGAGGAAGCUGAGGAGGAGCGUCUGGCUCUCGAGUGGGCCCUAGGCGCUGAUGAGGACUUCCUGCUGGAGCACAUUCGCAUCCUCAAGGUGCUGUGGUGCUUCCUGAUCCACGUACAGGGCAGCAUCCGCCAGUUUGCUGCCUGCCUCGUGCUCACUGACUUUGGCAUUGCUGUCUUCGAGAUCCCACACCAAGAGUCACGAGGCAGCAGCCAACACAUCCUCUCAUCCCUGCGUUUCGUCUUCUGCUUCCCACAUGGCGACCUCACUGAGUUUGGCUUCCUCAUGCCAGAGCUGUGCCUGGUACUCAAGGUACGGCACAGUGAGAACACACUCUUCAUCAUCUCGGAUGCUGCCAACUUGCAUGAGUUCCAUGCUGACCUGCGCUCCUGCUUUGCACCUCAGCACAUGGCCAUGCUGUGCAGCCCCAUCCUCUAUGGCAGCCACACCAGCCUGCAGGAUUUCUUACGCCAGCUGCUCACCUUCUACAAGGUGGAUGGUGGCUCUCAGGAGCGCAGCCAGGGCUGCUUCCCUGUCUACUUGGUCUACAGUGACAAGCGCAUGGUCCAGACAGCUGCUGGGGACUACUCGGGCAACAUCGAAUGGGCCAGCUGCACACUCUGCUCGGCAGUGCGGCGCUCCUGCUGUGCGCCCUCUGAGGCCGUCAAGUCUGCUGCCAUCCCCUACUGGCUGCUGCUCACUCCCCAGCAUCUCAAUGUCAUCAAGGCCGACUUCAACCCCAUGCCCAACCGAGGCACCCACAACUGCCGCAACCGCAAUAGCUUCAAGCUUAGCCGUGUACCGCUCUCCACUGUGCUGCUAGACCCCACUCGCAGCUGCACCCAGCCACGGGGAGCCUUUGCUGAUGGCCAUGUCCUUGAGCUGCUGGUUGGCUACCGCUUUGUUACUGCCAUCUUUGUGCUGCCCCAUGAGAAAUUCCACUUCCUGCGGAUCUACAAUCAGCUUCGGGCCUCCCUGCAGGGUCUGAAGACUAUUGUCAUCUCCAAGAAGCCUACAUCCAGGCCAAGAUCCCAAAGUUCCCUCUUGAAUGGUCAGCGUGCCAAGGGCAGGACCAGAUAUAGUGAUGAGCAGCGACCACAGGAGGCCCCAGCAGAAGCUCCAGCUCCAGUUCCUGCUGCAGCUCCGGCUCCAGCUCCAGUUCCUGCUGCAGCUCCGCCUCCAGCUCCAGUUGCUGCUGCAGCUCCGGCUCCAGCUCCAGUUGCUGCUGCAGCUCCGGCUCCAGCUCCAGCGGAGGCACAAGCAGAGUCCCUGGCACAAGCUGAGGCCCCUGCCCAGUACCCAAGCGAGCGCCUGAUCCAGUCCACAUCUGAGGAGAAUCAGAUCCCUUCUCACUUGCCAGUCUGCCCGUCGCUCCAGCACAUUGCCAGUCUUCAGGGGAGCGCCAUCAUCGAUCUCUUCCACAACAGCAUUGCUGAGGUUGAAAACGAGGAGCUGAGGCACCUCCUGUGGUCGUCAGUGGUGUUCUACCAGAGCCCAGGACUGGAGGUGACCGCCUGUGUGCUGCUCUCCACCAAGGCUGUGUACUUCGUGCUGCAUGAUGGCCUCCGCCGCUACUUCUCAGAACCACUCCAGGAUUUCUGGCAUCAGAAAAACACGGACUAUAUCAACAGUCCUUUCCACAUCUCUCAGUGCUUUGUGUUCAAGCUCAGUGACCUGCAGUCAGUCAAUGUUGGCCUUUUCGACCAGUACUUCCGGCUGACUGGUUCCUCCCCAGCGCAAGUGGUCACAUGCUUGACGCGUGACAGCUACCUGACGCACUGCUUCCUCCAGCACCUCAUGCUCGUGCUGUCCUCGCUGGAGCGCACGCCCUCACCCGAGCCUGUUGACAAGGACUUCUACUCAGAAUUUGGGGACAAGAACACAGGAAAAAUGGAGAACUAUGAGCUGAUCCACUCCAGCCGUGUCAAAUUCACCUACCCUAGUGAGGAAGAGGUUGGGGACCUGACCUAUAUCGUGGCACAGAAGUUGGCUGAUCCUGGAAAGGCUCCAUCCCUCAGCAUCUUACUGUAUAUCCAGGCCUUCCAAGUGGUCACACCAAAGCCUGGACGGAACAGGGGCCCGCUGCGCCCCAAGACACUCCUGCUCACCAGUGCUGAGAUCUUUCUCCUAGAUGAGGACUAUAUCCACUAUCCGUUGCCUGAAUUUGCCAAAGAGCCACCACAGAGGGACAGAUACCGGCUAGAUGAUGGCCGCCGUGUCCGGGAUUUGGACCGGGUACUUAUGGGCUACCAGCCCUACCCACAGGCCCUCACUCUUGUGUUUGAUGACAUGCAGGGUCACGACCUCAUGGGCAGCGUCACCCUGGACCACUUUGGGGAGAUGCCAGGUUAUCCUGGCAGGGCUGGCCAGGGCCGGGAGGUCCAGUGGCAGGUGUUUGUCCCCAGUGCUGAGAGCCGAGAAAAGCUCAUUUCACUGCUAGCACGUCAGUGGGAAGCCCUUUGUGGCAGGGAGCUACCUGUGGAGCUCACUGGCUAGUGCAGGCCACAACAGCCCUGGCCACCUGUUGUGUGUGGUCUGGUCUGGUGCCCGUGGGGGCAAGGAAGCCGGCCUUCUGUGUUCCUUUUACGGUGUUCUCCCCUCCCUGGAUUCUAUACAUUGAUUGCCCGUGGCCCCCAUACAGCUCCCACAGAGAAUGUGAACAUGUGUGUUGUGUUCAUUCUUCCUAAUGCUGGGAAGAAGUAUGCCAGCCCCACCAGAGUGUCCUUGUGCCGUCAGCCUCCCUUGUGCCUGCCUCUGACAUGGUACGGCCAGGCACACAACAUUGUUUGUCCGUGAUUGUGAUGCUCUUGUGAACGCGUGGCGCUGUGAACCUGGUAACCUCCACCUCCUUUCCUAGAGUGUUGAGUCCAGUCCGCUGUUGCUGUUGUUGUGGGCAUUUUGCUGCUAAUUACGAAGCUGGUAGCAGAAUACACAAUGGAAGCUCCCAUUUUGUGGGCUUUUCCAAAAUGGAGGCUUCCUCAGGUCCAGACAAGAGGAAGUCCUAUGGGGAGUUCCCAGGCCGUGGGGCCAAGAGGAGUUGGUGCAGGGGACAUAGAGCUGCCAGCACCAAGCAUAAUUCCUGUUGCCUAUUUUCUCUAUUCUAAUAAAGUGGAGUUUGACACA